GUCACUGUGCUGUCACAACCAGUCAUAGCCGUAGAUGUUUACCCUUUGUUGAAAAAAGCAUUCCAAAAUGGGUGACAACAGUGUUGUUUACUGGUACUCCAGCCUUGAGAAACACUUGUGUGGUUAUUGCAAAAAUCCGAAAGGAAAUGUGUCUCACGGAAUGUGGGCAAAAAUCCUCUCAGUUGAAGACUACCAAAAUUUGAUCGAUCGGGGGUGGAGACGGUCGGGAAGUUACUGCUACAAGCCUCUAAUGAACGAGAUAUGUUGCCCCAUGUACACCAUUAAAUGCGAUGCUUUGAAUUUCCAAUUAUCCAAAUCCCAGAAGAAAGUGAUUAAAAAGUUCAAUAAAUUCCUCAAGGACGGAGUUUUGAACAAAAAUACGAACCCGCAAGAGUGUCAGGACAAUAUUUCUGAAUUUGUGCAUAGAGAGGUCCCCACUCAUGUAUUAGAUAAAGAAGUUGUGAUAAAUAGUGACUUAAAUUGUGAGAAAGAUGAACAAGAUUCUAGUCAAGUUGCAGCCCCCAGUGUGUCUCAGGUCCAAGAAGCUGUGCCCAGUACCAGUUCUAUGCCUAAAAGUGGGCUGGGGGCGGACCCUACUAAACCCCCUUGCAAAAAAGCAAAAAUACUUCGAUUGGAAAGGAAGAAGGAAAAGUUGCAGAAAAAGGGAAUUGUCUUUGAGAAGAAACCAGCCACAAAUGAGCAAAAAACCCUCGAAGAAUUUUUAAAUGACACGGCCCCUGACAGCAAACACAAAAUCAAGCUUGUGUUGAUAAAUACGAGCCGCCGUAGCGCCGAGUGGGAAAAUUUGAAAAAGCUCGAAUUCGAGUUGUACAAAAAGUACCAAACAUGCGUUCAUAACGACCCCCCUGGCAAGUGCACAAUGGAGGGUUUCCAAAGAUUUUUGAUAAAUUCGCCUCUUCAGAAUGUCAGGUUUUCGAGGGACUCAGAGCUGGGCUUUGGGUCGUUUCAUCAACUUUAUUGGUUGGAUGAUAAAUUGAUAGCAGUGGGGGUUAUUGAUAUUUUACCGAAAUGUAUCAGUGCUGUGUAUUUUUUUUACGACCCGGAUUACAGGGACUUGACUUUGGGGACGUAUGGAUCAUUACGUGAGGUUGAGUUUGCGAGAACUCUGCAUCGCAUAAUCCCGUCGAUUGACUCGUAUUAUAUGGGUUUUUAUAUUCACUCCUGUCCCAAAAUGAGAUAUAAAGGGAAACUGAGUCCUUCCUAUCUACUUUGUCCCGAAACUUAUCGCUGGAUAUCUAUCGAGAAAAGUGUAGCAAAACUCGAAGCUAGUAAAUAUUCAAGGUUAGAUAAUAACGAGGCUGUGGAUGAAAAUUCGUGUACGUCAAGGGAUGUCGAUGAAAUUAAGAUUUUGUGCAACAGAAAGCUCGUCCAAUUUAAACAAUACAAGAGGAAGUUUGGAGGUCACGAUAUGUUUGACACAAUCGGGCGUCUAAUUGGGAAGAAAUGUGCAAAGUCGAUCAUUUUUAUCGCUGAUAAUUGAGCGAAAAGUGUUUAUUUUUUAAUAAAUGUGCUUAAGAACAA